UGUGCCUAUAUUUGAGUAAAAUUAAAAAUUUCGUAAUCCAGCUAAGAUUAGUCCAAAUCACGUCAGAAUAUCAAGAUGUACUCUAUUUGACCUGCUCUAUAUGAUGGAGCUCAAUAAAAAGCUAUAAAAGUCAACACAAAAUACUUUGGUUUUUGAAAGGGUUUUCUAGACGCCUUCCGAAGUACAGCAAUGUUUUUUACUAUUCUCAAGUAAAAAACCGUAUAUGAGCAGGUCAAAUAGAGUACAUCUUGAUAUUCUGACGUGAUCUGGACUAAUCUUAGCUGGAUUACGAAAUUUUUAAUUUUACUCAAAUAUAGGCACAAGUGGGCUAUUUCACGCAAUAUAGGUUUUCACUAGGUUUGUGCAAGUGUUUUGAAAAACGAAUUUUGCCACGAGAUUCAGCAUGGUCGAUACCCUAUGUUUCCACGAUUUUUUCUUUUCUAUAGCGAAAAGUCCCUUACGAGUGCUCAGCCGAUUAAAACGUCUGUAGCUCCGCGAGGAAGCAAAAUUUUUGGGGUUACUUAGGUACCAUUUGAAAGAGGACUUCUCGCCCUACAAGACUAGCGAAAAAGAUAAAUAAACAUGCUAAUUUUUUCAACUUUCGUCCGCUAAAUUUAGCCUGUGAAAACUUUCGGAAAUUCUUUUCUUGCGAUGAGUUAGUUUGUGUCCCCUGAGUAGCUCUUCCUAAUAGUGAAAACCGCAGUUCUCUAGCUCUUUUAGCUAAAAAGUUAUUAGUACUUGAACUCACUCUCAUCUCAUCUUUUUUCCGAUAACAAAAAUAGUCUUAAAUUCAGGCGAAUAUUUUCCACUUUUCUCUGCAGAGAAAACGAAAUUCAAUAAUCGGACAAAAUUUAGAUAGUUGUCUUACUUUCAACAUAAAAAGAAUGAAGGUCUUACGAUGAAUCGUCUAGGAGGAAUAAUAAUUUUGUUGCGCCGAAACCAUAUUCUGCGCAAUGAUGUGAUAACGCUAUUAUAAUUCAGUGCCUUUAGCAAAAGUCGUAUAACGCUGAAAGGCGAAGUCCUAAAAACCUGCGGGACAUCACAUUUUGAUCAGAACACUGUACUCAACAUAGCUCCAUGUCUGUUAAAUCGGGCGGACAAGCUUAAAAAAUUUUAAUUGAAAUUUGAAAUUUAAGAAAAAGGUUGUUUUUUGGGGCUUUCAGAAAUCUUUUUUGGAAACCUUCAAAAACCAUUGAAUUUUUGACAAAUUGAGAUGGAUUCUGAAAAGUGACAGUUUGGCGUACUCAUCCAUAUGCUUACUUCAGUUUCGAACAUUUCAGAGAAAAAUCGAAUUCCUAAGGAGGAGCCCUUAACUGGUGCACGUGUCUAACCGGCAUCAUUUAGGAACUAUUCCAUAUUUCGUACAACAUUAAACCAAGAAGAAUGUACAAUUGAAACACGCGCAUUAAUCCGACGAAUAGCUCGACCGGUUAUUAAUGCUACACUUCGUUGGCCACAUGACUUUGAAGAUUGUCGAAUUGAAGCCGCAAAAGAAUUAGCUCGUGUUGCCCCAUUAUUAGCAUUUAAAGUAUGCGAUAAUGAAACACAAUCAGUCAAAACGGAUUCAACACCGGUUCUAGCCAAAUGGAUAUGCGCUGCCUUUGAAUUUUGUGCGAUUAAUACACCAGUUGCAGCCGAUGUAGUACCUGAUACAGUUAAAAAUAUUCUCAGAAUACUGAGUUAA